UUGUCAGAAUGAAAGCCCCUUUUGAAAAUAACAACCUUUAGGCAGUUAAACAUACUUUUCAUUAGGCCCUCAUUUCUGUAUUAAACAUGUGUUUUUAUUGGUCUGAUGUAAUAUUCUAAUUUUCAAUGUUGAAUGAAUCAUCAUAGUUAACAGAAAUAAAGGCUUGAAAUCAUCAGUCUGUGUGGAAUUAAUCUAUAUAAUGUGUUUCACUUAGUGAUGGAUUUACUGUAAUAAAUAAACUUUUAAAUAAUAUUCUCAUUUAUAGAAUAUAACUGUAAAUGGUCUCAAAGCCUAAAAUAUUACCUUUUUAUAGAGGAAUUACUCCCUCUAUCUCUACAGACAGCUGCACACUGACAUUAUUGCUUUAAAGUCUAUCAGUUAUUAAAGCUUAUGGAAACUAUAAGCUGUUUUAAACGGAUGUUACUUAAUCAAAAUGUUGAAAAAAUAACAUCUAAAAUAGUUGUAUAUAGAAAUAGCUUUCAGCUCCAAAUAUCUUACCCUGUAAAUCUACAGUUCUCCUUCUUAGAUCUUCCCAGACUUACCUGUUGUUUGACAUCAUGCUCAAUCCAUUCCUUCUCCAAUGAAAAAUGGUGUUGAAACACCACUUUAAAGCUUUUCAGUGAAUCUUUGUAAAUCUGAGCCUGUAUGCAGAAUUUUGGAUUAUCAACUCAAAGUUGGGCACUCAGAUCUUGCUUCUAGGGGUCAUUGAAGUUUUAUGUUGAUAAGUUAUUCAAUCCUGGAAAAAGAACAUUUACAAGAAAAGAUUGUUAACAAUGGUAACAAUUAGCGUUCAUACCCUUAAUGAGUGUAAGUACAUCUAAUAGUAGGUGCAUAUUGCUAAUGUACAGGUAUCCAUUUAAAAAUGUACAAUUCUGAAAUAUUCUUAUGAUUUAUAGAAAUGAUGCAUUUCUAUAAGGAGCUAAACCUCUAAACAAACACAUGCAGAUCUGUUUGUUGGAACCCCUGGUAAAGAUGAAAGAAAAGUAUCUAACUAAAUUGAACUUUCAUUGCAGAGGUAUGAUCUCACACUGACAAAUGCUGUAAAAUCUACCCACUAAUUUUAUUCAGUGAUUUAUGUUAAAAAACAAUAUGAAAUUAUAAACCGCAGUGGGUUCAAUUUUUCCAAUUCUGCACGUUUCUGUUUCAGCGAUGGCCCCAAAGAAACACAUGAAGCUCCUCCUCCUCUUCCUCCUCCUCUUCCUCCUCCUCCUCGCGGCAUGAAUCGACCCUCAUAGUCUGAAUCUGUUUCCGGUCGGCCUUAAUCCUCCCUGCUGCUCCAUUACAGAAACAAAUAUAGCAUUCUGUCCUCUGCUUUUCUGACAGACACUGCAACAGCUCGAUGGGGAACGAGAGGUAAACAGGUUGGUGGCUGUUUUCAGACGAGAUACGGUGGUGCUGCUGCUUUAAGCAGAUGAUGGUGAACAGGAGACGUUGUCCUGAAGCUUUUUAGCGCAGCAUGUCCAGCUGAUGGAGGGGGAGACAGACCAGGUCCUGUGAACCAACAUCCAUGGCUCCUGGUGCGUUUUAAGGCAGAUUCUGCAGCGGCGCCUGUGUUCUCCCUGUGGCAGCACCACGGACAGCGACGAUGCCCCGGAUGCGCAGGAAGGCGUUCGUUGCUCUCUUCCUCUUCACUCUUUUCAUCUUCGGGACCAUGAUGGGGCUCAGGACGCUGAAACCCAGCGACGGCUUCUCGGAUCUGGCGCCCGGGAUGGAUUUCAUCGGGGAGAGGACCGAGAGGAAGCGGUUGGAUGAGAAAGACGCGCUGGCGUCGCCGGCCCAGUUCCGCUCCGGCGGCAGCGACACCAAGGUGGUUUUUACCAAAUCCGACCGGGAUUCCAGCAUCUUCUACGACGUCCACAUCUUCUACUACCUGUGGUACGGCUCCCCCAGCAUGGACAACAAGUACAUCCACUGGGAUCACCCGCUGGUACCGCACUGGGACCCGAAGAAUGCUGCUAGUCAUGCUCAGGGUAGACACACACCUCCGGAGGACAUUGCUUCCAGUUUCUACCCUGAACUGGGGCCCUACAGCUCCAGGGACCCAAAGGUGCUGGAGUCACACAUGGCCCAGAUCGAAGCAGCUGCAUCAGGAGUGCUGGUGUUGUCCUGGUAUCCACCUGGGGUGGCAGAUGAUCAUGGGGAGCCCACUGAGGACCUAGUUCCUGCUGUCAUGGACGCUGCCCAAAGGCACAGCAUCAAGGUGGCCUUUCACAUUCAGCCAUACAAGGGACGGACAGACCAGAGCAUGCAUGACAACAUCAAAUAUAUCAUUGACAAAUAUGGAAAACAUGGCGCCUUCUACAGAUUCAGGACUAGCACAGGGCGAGUCCUGCCACUGUUUUAUGUCUAUGACUCCUACCUUACACCACCUGAAUCCUGGACACAGCUCCUGACAACCAAAGGCUCACAGAGCAUCAGAGGGACGCCCUAUGAUGGAGUUUUUGUUGCCCUGGUUGUCGAGGAGCGCCACAAGCAUGACAUCCUAGCCAGCGGCUUUGAUGGCAUGUACACUUACUUUGCCUCCAAUGGUUUUUCUUUCGGCUCAUCCCACCAGAACUGGAAAGCCAUCAAAGCUUUCUGUGAUGCAAACAACCUGCUGUUUAUCCCCAGCGUUGGUCCGGGAUAUGUGGAUACUGCCGUGCGACCAUGGAAUAACCACAACACCAGGAACCGGGUCAACGGACGUUACUAUGAGACAUCCCUGCAGGCAGCGCUGUCUGCCAGACCUGAGAUUGUGACCAUUACCUCCUUUAACCAAUGGCAUGAAGGCACUCAGAUAGAAAGGGCUGUACCCAAGAAAACAAUGGAGCAUUUGUAUUUGGACUACUUGCCAAACCAACCAGACCAUUAUUUACAGCUGACACGUCAGUGGGCUGAGACCUUUAACAAGGAGAAGGACAAGUGGCUGAUGUGAACAUGGUUUCAGCUUCAUGCUGCAGGCUUUGAGAAUCACUGUGAGUUGCAGUAAAUUAUCUCUGUUGACUGUUGACCCUGGUGAUUUACCUCACCAACGUUUUCUGCUCAGUAUUUCUUCGUAAACUAAAACAGUAUGGUUACAGAGAGAAGUGUUCUUUUUCCUUCCCUGUUUUACUAAAAUAAAGACUGUUAUUUCCUGUACUUUCUUUCUGACCAAUUGAAAUGUCUGUCUGUUUACUAUCGGAGGAUUUUUUUUAUUGAUACUGGAAAGAGUCAAAUGUUAAAGAGUUAACAGUUGAUAGGUAGAAUGCUGCAGUGUGAGUAAGUGAGAUGAAGGUCGGUUAAAGUCUGCUUCCUCCUUCAGUUCCCUCCUUCCAACUGAAAGACAUCAACCCUAAACAGGACAACACAUUAGGAUUAGGAUUUGGUUUGCCCUUUUAAUGUACCAUAUACCCCGCUUAGUUUCCUGAUGAACUCAUUCAUGACCACACAUCAGAUUGAAAACACAUAUUUACAUAUAAAAUGACACUUAUCUUUUUUUUCUCAUUGUCUGGCAUUGAAUCAGAUGAAAUGUUUCUGUUGUACAUCAAUGAGCAUCAAAUAACAUUAUUUCUAUUUGCUAAAUGUCAAAAUAAAGUUUCUUUAACGUCA